AUGAUAAGAUAUCGAGGAAAGAAAAACGUUAUAGAUAAAGUAAAAGAGUUUGAUGCAUUUACAAAAGUUCCCGAAGAAUACGUGGAUAGUACGCCGGUGGGCGGGACGUUCUCUAUCAUAACGCUUUUUAUCAUUGUGUGCCUUAUAUACAGUGAAGUGACAUACUUUCUAGAUAGCAAUUUAGUAUUUAAAUUCAUGCCAGACACCGACAUGGAUGAAAAGCUACGCAUAAAUAUCGAUAUAACAGUCGCUAUGCCAUGCUCUAACUUAGGUGCUGAUAUCUUAGACUCUACUUCACAAAGCGUGUUUGGAUUUGGUGAAUUGCAGGAGGAGGAUACAUGGUUUGAAUUAACACAGGAGCAACAGGAUUCUUUUGAUGCUGUGAAGUAUUUAAACUCAUACUUAAGAGAAGAAUAUCAUUCGUUAUGGCAGUUAUUAUGGAAGAAAGGUCAUGGUUCUGUCAGGGCAACGAUCCCGCCGCGGAAAAAUAAACCAAAUAGAAGACCGGAUGCAUGCAGACUCCAUGGAGUACUAACAUUAAAUAAAGUUGCUGGUAAUUUCCAUAUUACAGCUGGCAAAAGCCUUCAUUUACCAAGAGGUCAUAUCCAUCUUAAUAUGCUAUUUGACGAUACACCACAAAACUUUAGCCAUAGAAUCCACAGGCUCAGUUUUGGGAGUCCUGCAAAUGGAAUGAUUUAUCCUCUAGAAGGUGAUGAAAAAGUAACAACAGAUGAAAGCAUGUUGUACCAAUAUUUUAUUGAGGUUGUUCCUACAGAUGUAGAUACAACGUUUGAAUCGAUAAAAACAUUCCAAUAUUCUGUUAAAGAGUUGGAGCGACCAAUAAGUCAUACGCAUGGAUCUCACGGUGUGCCAGGAAUUUUUUUAAAGUAUGAUAUGGGAGCAAUUAAAAUUAAAGUAUACCAAGAAAGGGAAAACUUACUUCAAUUCAUGUUAAGACUGUUUUCUAUUAUUGGUGGCAUUUAUGUUAUAUUUCGUUUUUUGAAUACCAUAGUUUUAACAUUACGGACAGCAUUCGUUAAUAAAGUAGCACCUGAUGUUUUAGAUAGGUUAAGUGAGAAACCACCUAAAGUCCAUCCUUUAUUAGUUCCAACAAAUUUAUUGGUACCUGAUGGACCAGAUCUGAUAAGACAAUGA